GGAGGCCCUCGAUGCGGAUCCGCCAGCGCCUAGCGUGGGUUCCCCGCUAGCCCCCAAAGGGGGCGCCACCGUGGGUCUGCGAAUGGCUAACGGACGGGUGUCCAGCGGCACCCCCGAAGACAAAGAGGCGGCCUCCGAUGCCCACAACGUCAAGAUCUGCAUCGACGCCGGGGAACCGGGCUCUGCCACGCCGGGACACCAAGACACCGCACAGUUCUUCCCCGCAGGAGAAGACCCCCAGCAACAGCAGGCGUCCCAGCAGCAGCAGCCGCGCGUCCCGGCGGGCGUCGGUGACGUGUCCAAGGGCAAGGAGGGCGACGACGUGUCCCUGUACGGCACCCCCAAGGAAGAGCUGGGGCCCGGGCCCGGGGGCCUGUCCGAGGCCAAGGCGUCCUUCAUGCGCAACCAGCUAGAGGCCCUGUUCCAGCCGUCCGACAACAAGCUGGCCAUGAAGCUGUUCGGCUCCAAGAAGGCGCUCAUGAAGGAGCGCAUACGGCAAAAGGCCGCCGGACAUUGGAUCAUCCACCCAUGCAGUAACUUCAGGUUCUACUGGGACCUGUGCAUGCUGCUGCUUCUCGUGGCGAACCUCAUCGUUCUGCCCGUGGCCAUCUCGUUCUUCAACGAUGACCUGUCCAUCCGGUGGAUCGCCUUCAACUGUCUCUCAGACACAAUCUUCCUGUUGGACAUCGUCGUCAACUUCCGAACGGGAAUCAUGCACCAGGACAACUCGGAGCAAGUGAUCCUGGACCCGCGGAUGAUCGCCCACCACUACAUCCGCACCUGGUUCUUCCUGGACCUGAUCAGCUCCAUUCCGCUCGACUACAUCUUUCUCAUCUUCAUCCAGGACUACAGCGACAGUUUCCAGCUGCUCCACGCGGGCCGCGCAUUGCGCAUCCUGCGCUUCGCUAAGAUGCUCAGCCUCCUAAGGCUACUCAGGCUGUCGAGGCUCGUUCGAUACGUCAGCCAAUGGGAGGAGGUCUACUUCCUCAACAUGGCGAGCGUGUUCAUGAAAAUCUUCAACCUGAUCUGCAUGAUGCUUCUUAUUGGUCACUGGAGCGGGUGCCUUCAGUUUCUCGUCCCCAUGCUGCAGGGGUUUCCUUCCAAUUCCUGGGUCGCCAUCAACGAACUCGAGACCAAGUACUGGUUCGAGCAGUACUCGUGGGCCCUGUUCAAGGCUAUGUCCCACAUGCUGUGCAUAGGCUACGGCCGGUUCCCACCCCAAAGCCUCACGGAUAUGUGGCUCACUCUGCUGAGCAUGAUCAGCGGCGCCACCUGCUACGCCCUCUUCCUGGGCCACACCACAAACCUCAUACAGUCAUUAGACUCCUCGAGGAGGCAGUACAGGGAAAAGCUAAAGCAAGUCGAAGAGUAUAUGGCGUACCGCAAGCUUCCCCGCGGUCUUCGCCAAGGGAUAACAGACUACUUCGAGCACCGCUACCAGGGAAAAUUCUUCGACGAGGAGGCCAUUCUCGGGGAGCUCUCCGAGAGGCUACGAGAGGACGUAAUCAACUACAACUGCCGAUCCCUGGUGGCGUCGGUGCCGUUCUUCGCCAACGCGGACCCCAACUUCGUCAACGACGUUGUAACCAAGCUAAAGUACGAGGUCUUCCAGCCAGGCGACGUCAUCAUCAAGGAGGGGACGCUUGGGACCAAGAUGUACUUCAUCCAGGAAGGCAUCGUGGAUAUUGUGAUGAGCAACGGAGACGUAGCUACCAGUCUUUCGGACGGGUCCUAUUUUGGAGAGAUCUGCCUGCUGACCAACGCCCGGCGUGUGGCCAGCGUGCGCGCCGAGACCUACUGCAACCUCUUCUCCCUGUCCGUGGAGCACUUCAACGCCGUGCUCGACGUGUACCCGGUGAUGCGGCGCACCAUGGAGUCCAUCGCUGCCGAGCGGCUCAACAAGAUCGGCAAGAACCCGGACAUCGUGUGCCAGCGAGAGGACCUGCGAGUCGACCUGAACACCGUCACCGCCCUCCUCCAGUCCGCCCAGUCCGCGCACGACGAAGAAGACGACGACGAAGACGUCGGCAAGGACGGACGGGUGAGGGGCGGCGACCGGCGGAAGUACAGUCACCUCUUGGGCGUCGGCCAUCGGGGUGCCAUCCCGAGGCCCAAGUCCGAGAGCUGCUUCCACCGCAUGUUCGACAUGGCCAGCGGGGCGGCGGCGCAGACGGCGCUGCCGCGCUCGGGCACUUUCUACGAGAGCCUCACCGGGGGUAUGGGUUCGCAGGGCAACCUGCAAGAGGACUAGGGCCAUCACGGGAUACGCGGCGUCGUUUCUGCGGUUCGAAUAGAGAGACACUGGAUUCGGCAUAGAGUUAAUAUAAUAAUCUAGAGGGAAAGGUUCCACGCAUUGGGGCCGCUUGGGAACGGCGGGGUAUGAACGCAGACAUCGGCGGUCCCAGAUAUGGCGGUGCAGAUAGGCCUAUAUUGCUGGCGACGCCUUAAUAUGCACAAAGAAGCAGCAAAACAUCACCUGUAAGGUCUGCAUUUGUUCUUUGCCAGCUUACUUUGCAAAAACAAAACAAAAAAACAACCAGAAUCACGUAUUUGAUAAAACUAAAUAAAGUUGACAAGCGCUCGAGCUAACUUAUCCCGGCAAAACAAAACAAACACGCCUAACCUUUCGUCUGCUUUUCUUCUCCGCUCUUGCGUCGCUCUCUUUUUCCUUCUUUCUCUCGGGACCGCCGAUGUCAGCGCCCAGGAUUGGCCGCGUUCUACUCCAGUCUUCACCCCCAGGGAUUCGGGGCCUUCGGGGGAUCAGCCAUUUUCGAUCCCCCAUGUCAAAUAUGACAUUUUGGACACUUUAUUCUGAAUCUAUCAUUUUAAAACCGCCAUUCUGAAUCCAGCUAGUAAGGUGCGCGGCUACCGGCGAUGUUUUCAAGAAGACAGUACUGGGUGUAAGGUAUUAUAAGACCGCUGGGGACCUAAGCCUCUGUAUGGGUACCAUUCACAGCUUGCACUGGCGUCACGUCAGCGGCCAUUGUGAUUGUCAUGAUCCCAAGUGCGUACUUUCUAAAGCAAUCAUUUCGCACUAUCGAAAUUGCUUCUCUUGCAACAAGUAGAAAUUAACACCAUCAGGAUACGAUAAUAUCAUGUGCAAGCCAUGUACGGAUUUGCUGCUGGAACGCUAGCCGCGCCAUUGGACACGACUAGCGUUCCGGAGGUCAAUACGAGGCGGUUGUUUACGUCAACGUCGUUCUACAUCGCCGUCAACGAUGGGUUAGGUUGUAUGUCUACAGUUAGGUCGGUCACACACAUUAGAUAUCGGUGAUCAGUGAUCGGCAUCGCUAUCUUAAAAUAUUAGGAUAAUAUCCCAUAAUUAUCAUACCAGGAAUCCCACGUCGAUUUGUCACUAAGUUGAGAGCACAAAAAUAUAUCAUCCGGUGUUCCGAAAGAAUCCAGUGGCUCUAUAUUAAACCGAGGUUAUCUUGAAGAUUUUCACGAUGAUCUUGGUGGAACAAGGGGAAGAGCUGAGACAAAGGAUUUAAUCUGAUCAAGGAAGGGUUGAACCGAAACAAAAUAUUUCCUGUCUCAUAGCGACUCAUGCUGCGAAAUCAACCACAGUAUUAUAAAAUAAUUGUUAAACUUUUAUUGUUGAUAGUGUAACGUGACCUCGUUCGCAAUCUUGACUCCCCAACAAAAAAAAAGGAAGGAAACUUAGGAAGAAAAAAUAAAUUAGAAACACGCGAAACAGAUUUGUUUUAAUGAUGACUCUAUCAGUUGCCAUGAAAUUCUUGAAAUCAUGCGUCAGUUACUCUUAACUUAAAUUCUGCCGCGUCAUUCGAAGCAGAUGUGGAUACCAGGAAAGAACACUUCACCUGUCGUCGUACAAACACUGAAGCUACGGAUGACGCAUCGCGGAAAAACGAUUCGUUCACUCAGGACGGACCUCGGCUCUCCCCCGGAACCAAUGAACGACGCCCGUCCCCACGCCCUGGGAGCAAAGUGGCCUUAAGUAUGCGCCGCCGCGGACGGAACCAGACACCACAUAUCUCUCUCCACGCACGACCAACCCGUGAACUCGAUCACUCGAAGACACUGUCUUGCUCAUGCAACAUGCACUCUAAGAAAUCUGGAACGUCGACCUUGCCGCACAGCACCUGGUACAGCCAAUGGCUGGAAUCUAUACGGAGAAAGUCUGGCGAAUGACCGCCGCGACUGGCCCUCUCAAGUGCUCUGCGGGAAAGUAGACGCUUUGGGUGUUUUGGGGUGUGCCCCACGCGCUCCGAUUGCAACGCGGUGUCACCCUUGUUCGUCUGCACACUGUCAUGUUCCCUUCCUAAAGUUGACUGCAGGACGAUCUCGAACCGUCUCCUCCCGAUGCCCAGCCGAGGUCGAAGCAAUCAAUCAACCGAUGAUCCAAUCAGCGCCCGUCAUUUGUGUCCGCAGUCCCCGCCCUCCUUCGAGGUUCCGACCAAUCAGUUGCUGAGCGGUCGGCGGAGGUGAUGCCGUGAGUCCAUCGCGGACACCUUCGUAGAAGCCAUUCCAGACGACGAUCCGUUGCAGCUCUGCGUUUUGAUUUCCUGCCAAACGCCUUGGCCAGACCAUAUGAAGCCGCCACUACCCAGUGCAAUCCAAUCCUCAACCAGCAAAUGUUCCUAAAAAUCCUACAGAUAACGUCAAAUGGUUCGCUCUUUAAACAAAGUGUUUUUUUUUUUUUUUGUUUUGUUUUGUUUUUUUUGUCGGGGAAGAUUUGAUGCUAGAGAUUGUGUAUCUGUUUAACUGAUAACACGGCCAUAUUGGAGUUCUUAUCACCUCCGUAUUUUUACCGCAGUCUUCCUAAACCGUACCCUUACCGUAACACAACAGUAUAACAACGUUUAGGAUACGGUAAUGGUGGUAAUACUCUACCCGUACCGUAACUAAAUUUUGUUUCGCGAGCAUUUAUACAACGCAUUUAGUCAAAAGCAUUCGAAAAAAGAAAUUUUCGUUCCUUUUGUGUUUAAGCUGAAGCCAUUAAACAGGGUUAAACGCAAUCCUGGAUGACACUGAAGUAACGGCAGAGAAAUUAAGUACCGUACGGCAUCCUUCAUCUGGAGUGGCUUCGUAACCUGAUCCCUAAAAGCGUAACCCGCGAAACGCGCUCUGUUCGGUGGUUUUCGCUAUUUGUGUUUGUAUAUCUUCAAAAAGAAAAAAUUGACAAAGGAAAAAAAAAAAGACUCGGCAUGACUCGCUACGGCUGGAAUUUAUAAAGUGAAACUAAUCGUCGGCAACGGUGAAAAAAGGGCUGUGGUUUCGUGCGUCUCACAAACUCUGAUGAUACUAAAUGACACUUUCGGUUCGCGAUGCUUAAUUUGGAACUCAUGUCGAGUAUGUUAACACUGGAUACUGCCAUAACAGGUGAAGCCUAAAAAGUGGCUACAGCUAAGCCGUAAACUUCCCGGUUUUAACCGAAAAACGCCGACAAACACGCGUCGGUGUCAAAAAUACGAAAUCGGUUACCAUUUUGUUCAAACACCUGAGGCUGGGUGAGAAAACCUUGAAACAACCAAAAGUAGAAGAAACAGGGAAAGAAAUCAGUCAAACGACGUCUUCUUUUCAUGUCUCUUCUACCUUCUCACUCAGUCUCAGGUGGUUUAACAAAAUGGUAAACCUACACCAACUCACCUGCGCCCUCACUUCGUUGCCGAUUUCUUUAGAUGUUUGGCCCUAGCUAGGAAUGUUUUUGUCAGAACCCUCCCCUCUUAGACUAGAAUUAUUCGCUUUUCGUGAGUUGUUUUCACGGACAAUAGCCGUUUUUAGCAUCCGCCCAAAACAGAUCACCGAAAUACAUCGCAAUAUCUUAAAAAUAAAUACAAACCGAUUUCCCUGAUAAAUAAAAAUCGCGAAGUCUACGGCCUAAGAAUAACGCGUGUAAUGUCUCCAUGUUCCUUUCCAGAGCGAACGAACACACAAAUGACGUGUUAGGAUCUUAUCGUUUGAUUAGAUGGAAGGCACUGCCCUCAUUUCACCGAUAAACGCCGGAUUCUAGACUAAUACAAUUUCCCUUCCUUGUCAUUGAGAACAUCGAAAACUGCACGCAACUUUUUGACUAGGAGCAUGACUGUCGCAUUCUGUACCCUUUUGCACGCUCGUUACACGAGAACGACACCCAACAGCCCUUCGGCACACAGCCACACUAACCAUCAUGCAUCGCCAUCGUCAUUAAGUUUAAUGUUAAGAAAGAGAAAAGAAGGAAGUAAAGAUAGUGAGAAAUGUUCGAAAAUCGCGAGUAAAGGUUGACCUUCGCGACCAUUAUAACAACCGCGCACAAUAGCUUCCCUCGCCCAAAACUAUAACAAGACACGUCAUUCGUUGCAUCGCUCUUAAGAAGAAAAAACGACAACAAAACAGAAUACUGGAAAAACAACGGUACAUUUCCAAGGAUCUGUUCCCAGUAAGAAAACAGUCGGCCAAAAUUUUCCACAGAAGUGGGGAAAAACGAUUUGUUGGUAUGGCACUUCGCCGCCACUAACAAGCGACAAGGACGAACAUGUUCGUCGAAACGAGUUGUCAAAUGACGUGGCGGAGUCGUCAGACAUUUGGUUUUCGUCGUGUCUGCGAGAAGAGUUGGCCAACUGUUUGAGACUACUAGAGCGUGAGGUUCACGGUUAAACUAUAAGCAACACUCGCAAUAAUAGAAUCAAAGUAAAAGGUAAUAAAAAAAUGGCUUUGGUUGUACAUUGCACCCUUAGUUACCGGUGUCCGAGAGGCCAAAAGGGACCAUAGAAUGGUAAAUUUAUUAUUAUUACUUACUUUGGCUACUUAUUCAUCAGAGAAAUCCCGCCGUGUUCAUGGUACAAAAACGUGUAUUCGUCUCGAGCAGAAAAAAUUCGCAUUGGCGAGGGUUACAUUUGUUUUGUUAUUGGCUACCAUAAAGGCCCAGAAUAGCAAAAUAAGAAACAAGGUAGCCUGCAGUUAAUGGCCUCCUGUGUCAUUGGAUGCAUUACCAGGACGUAAGAUGGCGUCAUCAUGACGCAACUUUAUAAUGGGAGAGUAAUUAUUCAGUUUUACACCUACAGCUUUCGCUUUGCGGUCCGAAACAGCGUGCUGGCGUACCUCAAUGUACACGGAUGACGAUAAAUCUCUAAAGCUUUCAGCAAACUUGCACCGAGGUAUGAACAUGUUUGAUGCAAUCCAUUUAACAUUUUGUCACGCUGUAUAACGAAUACUUGUAUAACGAACAAAUGCAUAACAUCAAGAAAACUAUUUGGAAAUUUAAAAGGCUCAAAGUAGCAGGUCUGCGCGAGCUACUUGGGGUUUGUGUAGGAUAUUUUUUAAUGACGGAAUACGUGAAUCAUAGAAAUUUCAGUAAACUGUGCAGAGGUUACAUAUUAGAAAACGUUUAUGUCACGCAGUGUGAGGGAUGUGUUAAACUGUUGAGGUACUCUUCGAGAGGACGCUACCCAACCCGUUUCUAAACGUUUGUUAAGUUAGGAUAACACGGGUGCAUAAACUCAUCAACUCGGUGUAGAUAACGAUAAAAUUUCAAAUAAUAACUGUUUGAGAAUACGGUCCGUAAGGAUACUUCUACAUUUCAAAUAGCUGUCGAAAAGGACAUCAAGGUAAGAAUCAAAGAACACUAAAAACAGGAUGAACUAGGAAAGAAAUAUCAUUUUCGUAUUCCUCUACAAUGCUUCCAUACCCCAUACCCUACCUCGCAUGUGUUAUUUCGCCAUCAGCGUCGCGAACACUGCUGCUCUUCCAUGUCUCAUUCCGGGGGGUAUGAAAUCGCAGUUCAGCAAGCCUACAGGAGAAAAGUCCACAUCCACGCAGAAAGGAUUGCGACAAUCACUUGAAACUCUAAUCUAAAUUUUCUCAAUUUCGUUGCAAUGAACAAAAUCGCGUCUCAAGGAGUGUGAGAAAUGUACAUAUAACAACACACCAAAAAGAAUCUGACACAGGUUCCAAACAAGAGCUAGAUAUUCAAUGAGCGCUGAAUAAAAUUUAGAUAUGGUUGCUUCAGUAGACUCAAAUACCCACACAACUGACUUUGACUCUAGUGCGUUGCAAAUCAAGAAGGUAGGACGAGAAAAAAGAAGACCGGGGAGGAGGAAGCAGAUGGAGUGCUAAAGAGAGGAGGAGGUUUCCCCUUCUCUUCUCCAGCGUUGCGUCUGCUUCCUCCUCAGCAACCUUCCUUUCCCUCGCCCUACGUUCUUGAGCUGUAACUUACUAUAGUCAACAACUAGCUUCAACGCUGUGCUGGCGUCAAAUGUAGGACUGGAUAUAUGUAUGUGUCAAUGCUCAUGACGUCUUUCAAGAGCAGGCUGAUUUGAGUCUUGAAAAUGGUGCAAGUAAGAACCACAAGUAGCACUACACCAUAAAGGUGUCGGGCCAACGUACGCUCCGUCAGUGAGAGCUCUAUGUUGACCAAUAUUAUAUGAAUAAAAUUAUGCAAUUAUGCAAAUAUACUAUUUAAGACUAAAGUAUUACCCUUGGUUCUGCCAUUUUAAUCAUAUAAAUAUUUCACCGAAGACCAAAACAAUCAAUAAAACCUUGUCUGCUAUUUUCCGUGAAAAUAAUUUUAAACACUAAAUAAACUCUUAUUGUAAAUAGUAAUACUGGAAUUAAUUAUAUUGGAAAUAGUAAUAUUGCAAUUAGUGAUGUUAAGAGAUGGAUAUUCGAACGAACGAUAGGUUUUCCUGGACUUUGUUUACUUUUAGGCAAAGCUCUUUAAGAAACUAAUUAAAAUGAAUUCCGACCAUACGUCAUCAAAUAAGCUGUCGGAUAAAGCCGUUUAUCGGAGACAUUUGUCCACACUUGCAGGUUAUUCUCGUAAAUUCUCGGUUCCACCAUACCCUUUUGGACGAAAACCAUUUUUCUCUCGAAUGAGUGAAGGCAUGUUCACGACAACGUUCUAUGCUACUAUUCUCUUGGAUGUAGAUUAUACUUUCUUACCCUUGUGGCUUAAAAUCUGGUCCUCCAUGAACACGCACGCAACUUAAAAACUUUCACGUAAAAAAGUCUCUGACGCGGUAUUCUUCACUAACUUCGGAAUGAUUAAGAAAAGUGUUAACUAAUGAUUACUCGUUAAACUUUUUUUUUUCACCUUAUGUACAGCUAGCAGACCCUGAUAACGCCUGCUUGCUGUUGGGAGGCGCAAUAAAAGAAGUGAUUGAUAAAUUCAUUCAUUUUCAAAUUCAGAAGAUACCUCAUGCGAAGAGAAACUCAUUCUGUGUGUUAAACUUUGCUCCCAUCACAAAACGACGAUUGAAUUUUAAAGAUUGCUUUGUGUAUUCAACAAUAAUUCCGAAAAAAAAAAACUUGUCGCAUACAUAUCUUCGCCCAUUACCAAAAAAUCGUGGAAGUAUUCUAGGCAGAUAUUGGGCUGGGGAUGGCCGCUUCACCACCCCAGCUUACAAAGCCAUUCAUGACACAGCACAGCGCAGAAGAAAUUAAACGCAGGGUAGAUGCCCGAGUCGCAACUCCAGGGAGAGCAAUAUUACGGUAAAGUACAACAGGGACAGACGCCGGGGUACAUUUGCAUAUUUUAGCCGUGUACCUGACGAGGUAACGCAGUUCUUCUCAGUUAUUGCAUGCAGCUUCCAAAAACAAAAAGGUGCAAGCAUUCCUGCUUUCUCCAAGUAUGUUUUGUACAUAUCUGUAUAUACAAGCGCGCUUAUUCGUUGUUGUACGUCGCCGAUACUUCCCGGACCCAGGCGUUAGUGGUGAUACAAGCCUUAGCUUUGUUUGGUGGAUACCUUCCUUUAUGUGAAAAUUUAUUGACAAAUAAAAAAAAAUAUACAGAAAACACACACACACACCCCCAACCCUGAUAGAGGAUAACAAAUUGCCUUUCGCUACGCACUUUUAACCUUUUUCAAGACGCACUGUUGUAGCCUUUCUAACGUUAUCUUUGGGUAGAACUUAGGAUUAUAUUCGCGUCGAGAGUAGGCGUAAAGUGUAGCGAGACAGACACAGCUCUAAUCCAGAUAUCUGGCAUGUACGAUAUUGCGCAUGAGCAAUGGUACAUUGGACAUCAAGUUGUGAACAUUUUGCAGCUGGCACAAUAUAGUUCUUGCGCAGGCACCGUUAUCAAUGUUGCCGGACAGAUUUCUAAAUAAAGUUGGCACUUGGGCACAGUAUAAAGGCGAGACAGAGGUCUCGAAGUUUGUUUAGAAAUAGUUGGUUGUUCCUCGAGUGAUGCUAUUGGCUAAACUUUCCCUUCCCACAACACACUGCAGUUGGUCCAAACAUCUACCUCUAUCUCUCUCUUGGCGUAGAGCGGAUUUAAAAUGGAAGUUCUCUUUGCACCUUGCGACACAGAACAUAUGGGAAUACAGCUUUCGUGGAAAGUCUAUGCUCGGAUGUGGAAUGCUUAAGGUUGAAGUCUAAAUUUAUUUUGAAGUCUAAAUUGAUUCUCUGCAUCGCUACAUCGUCACUGAAACACUACCGCACGACAACCUGAAUGUUCCCAGGCCUGCUGUUUCAAGGUCAGAAACAUGUCAGCUAAAUAGGCACCGCAACCUUUAAAGCGAACACGGGUAUAGAAAUCGUAUUAAUCUUUGUCAUGCGGGCUCUCGAAGAAAACCAGACUGCAUGCCAUAGCCGGAAGAAAAACAAAUCACAAUUACCGAUGUGUACCUUAGUAAAUGAAGGCUACACGCUUCGUUGAUUCCCAAAACCAGACCUCUAAAACACUUGUAUACAGGCCCCUCUUCUUUUCAAUCGGCCAUGUGAUAAACUGAGUCGCGCAUUCAGCAUUUCCUCUAUUCGGAAUACGAAAAUCGCCAAGAAAAAAAAAAAACAGCAUUCUGAAUGAACAUUCCAGGUAGGAAAGACGGACUUGCACAAACACCAAAAUCAAUCGAGCACUGCUAAAGUAGCCAACGGUUUCAAGAAAUAUCCACGUAAAACAAGCUGCCCGUUCUAUGCAAACUGAAUAUCGUUAUUAUUCUCCCGUUACCCGAUUUCGAAACAGUUCCCAAGGGUAAACGAAACCUCAAAGCUUAUGAAGAUACUAAAGUUUGCAUCAAAGUAGGUUCGCCGAAUAUCCGACCACAGGAAACACCUGCGUCAUACUGAUGUCUACCCUCAUCACUGUCUUGACUUCCACCCAAAAUGGUUGGAGCUAAAAGCACUACAUCUAUGGUGUGACUAAAACGCGAAAAUAAUUGGAAAAAAAAUGACUACUCUAAAAAGAAGCAUAACGUGUUUUCUUUCUUCGAAAAGUUGGAAUUACUUAGAACCGUUGGGUACCGCACUGUCAAAACAAAACAAAAAAUAGGUAACACACUUGACUAGAUAUCAGAGCACAUCACAAAUCAUCGUCGUCCAAUCACAAAAAAAAAAAAAAACGGACACUAGCAUUAGGAGGAUAAAAAGGACCCCUCUACGGAGAUAGAUGAAGAGGUCACAGGGGCCCUUCGCGCAAUCCAAAGCAGGCAGCAAUCGCGGUAUCAAUUUUGGACGGUUGUAUGGCAACGGUCUUCGCUUUCUGGGCCUCCGCCACUGCUACAAACACCGCUACAAGCCGACGGCGAGAAGGCUAAGCGUAACACGCAACGGAACUAAGCGUAACACACCACGGGAAAAAAGCCAGCUUUCUCAGGCAGCUACGGCGAAAAUCGUCGAGAUAACUUCCAAAAAAACAUUUUAGAAAAUAGCCUUCCACUAGUGUAAGCUCGAGGACCUACACUUAUUUGAGUUUCGGCAUCGCGAAUCUGGUUUCUGCGCAUGCGCAGUGCCCACACUUGGUGUCGGAAAACGCGGAGUGUAAGCCUAUAAAACAAUCCGACAAAAAAAAAAAAAAGAGGAAGAUAAUUUGGUGUCAAAUUCUAAAGCCUCCGCUGUGUUACCACUCCAAGAGGAUCAAUUUUACCUCGAUCCGAAAACCCAAUGUCUGUGUUCUCGAACCUAUAGCUGCAAGGUCGGGUCAUAUAGAGCUUGCUUUUGCAAAAGUAUUUUCUCGUUAGCCUCGUAAAGCUCGUGAAACAAAACAAAAACUCGGGUGUUUUUGAAAGAAGGAAGAUGCAAAGGGUUCCGUCGCGAUGUUCACGCAAACGGAGGUCCUCGUUAUACAAGGUCGGGAAAAUACACGUUGUUCGGCGAAGUUCAAGUUCAAGUUGAUGACGAGAUGUAUACAAUAUUGAAAAAGACGACAUGUUUUGGAUGCGAGUUGAUGUUGAGACACGUUAACGAAUAUCAAGUUAAGGGUGCAAGUCGAUUCUGUCAACGUCCAAACGGCAGUGCGACGUUGAUACGGUUUUGACAGGCACCGUGCUCUGGACCAAAGUUUGAAUUCUAGUUUGGUGUUGGAAUGUGUUACCCGACAUCCGUGUUCGCACGAAAGUCAAUGUUGAGGCAUGUGAGAAAAAAAAAAAAACUACCUACUGGCGUUUCCUUUUUUUUUUUUUCGUACAUGGACAAGUAUAUGUCUCCCGGGUCAAUACCUGGGUACUGUGAUGGAGGCUGGUUCAGCGUUGGUGUUACUGCAAAAGCGUUGGACAAGAAACGCUUGAACCCACCAGUUGGGGACGUUGUAAAUAGUAACCGAUAGCAAUAUGCAAAAAAAAAAGACUAAGUAAUCUACGUUAUAGCAAAACCAUGAUGUAGGAAAAUCAAAGAUACAACAGCAUGUUUAGUCACACUGGGCCAUCAUUGUAAUACUAAGACGAAGAAAAAAAAAAACAAGGUCACUGCAAAAUAAAAAAACUGAAAAACGUGCAGCUUGAAAUAUACCUUAUUUUUGUAGUCUAAGAAAGGCUGAUUUCUACACACGCUCUUCUAGAAAUGUAUGGUAUUGAUUACGCGAGUGUGCGUUUGGCUUCUGGUCGAAACUCUUAAAAUUCCAGGGGACGAGGGCAAAGUGUAGCAAUUUUUAGACGCACGAAAUUACCAUGUUCAAUGCGCAAAAAAAAAAAAAAAAAGAACAAAAAAAAAGGAAAUUCUUAUAAUGUGGAGGACGAUUCGUUGCGCCCCCUGUUAGCGAAAUACGGAGUUGUACUGCAACUUGUCUGCUUCCUUGGGUUACAUAUAGGCUGUAUACCACCACUGAGGUUUUUGGUGAGUCAUUUUCUUAUUAAAACUUUCUUUGAAAGA